AAGAUUGUGUACAGCAACAAUAAAGCCGUCACUUGGGCCAUCAGCCCAGGGGACCCUCCUGUUCCCAAACUUUCUCUUCUCUCUUUUUUCUUGCAUUCCCCUACCCUCAGGACCCUGACCUCGGUGUUUGUCGCGCCGGCUGCGACAAGUGGCGCCCGAACAGGGACCUGAGACAACAAGGAGGAAAGCGAAAGCGGACCGCGCGGCGUCUAAUUCAGGAUGAGGAAGCGCCACGCUGGGUCCCGCUUCGGCUCCUCAGAGACAUUACGGUUGUGCCGAAAAAUGGCCAAAUUGACUGCGACGGAGCCCCCCCAGAAGCGACAACGGCGGAGUCAUGAGGCGGGUACACCCACCUGGGGACAGAUAAAGAACCUGCUGACCCAGGCCACUGAUGUAGUGAUGGCCUCAGGAAGAGAGGUAACGGCCACACAUGUCUUCUUGGCAUGCCUGUGCAUUCUCACUACAAUCGGAGAGUCUGCCCUCUAUUGGGCAUACACGGUAGGUCCUCCUGCAGUACAACCUGUAACAUGCAGAGACCCCACACCCAAAGUAUACACUAAUCUCACCUUUAUGGGAGGGGAAGAUGCAGGGUUUUUGCCCACUGUGUCGGCCUCUAUAAAUUGGACGGCACUCUCCGCAGGAGUACCCAUCUGCCUGCAAAGCGAGUCUACGCCGUACAAACUUGCUUAUGGGUGUUUGGGUACGAAACCAGUAGGGCGGUCUAUUGCUUAUACAUUGUGGCAAAAUGGCAAGCGUCCUUCCGAACGGGUACCCCGCUCUGUUGCCGCUUCUUGGCAAAAGAGAGAAUUAUUAGGAGAAUGGAUGUUUUUUGGGCCACGUGAUACCCCUCAGAAUCUUCCUAUAUGUCCCUCAGCUGGUCAAGGCCUUACUGGGGACUCACCUUGGGGUAUAUGUGCCCGAUCCUCUUCAUUGAGGAUGACUCCUAAAGACAUAAACUAUACCAUUACAGAUUAUUCCCGAAAGGCCCGGCUAGCUCAGUCGGUAGAGCAUGAGACUCUUGAUCCCAGGGUCGUGGAUCCACCUCCUAACGAGGUACAGGUACACCGUAAGAUUAUCCCACAAACCAUUUUGCAAUCCCCUGAAGGAAGAAUUCAUUCUGAUCUUUGGAAAUUAUAUGCUACCUUUGAUAAAAUAUAUACUAAUGACAGCUUUAGUUUUCCAGAAUAUUAUGUUUCUCCAGUUCUGCAAUUGCGUGCCUGUGUUCCUCCACCCUACUAUCUGAUUGUUGGGGAUGGGACCAUUACUCCAGUGAAAGAAGAUGGUCAUCAGUUAUACCGGCUGACGUGUCCUGCUUGUGUUUUGACCAAUUGUCUACCAGUAGAUGGACCCUCUAGAAGUGGGAUGAAGGUUUAUCUGGUCUUACAACCUCCCUAUUGGAUGUUGCCAGUAAAUGUUACAGGACCUUGGUAUCCUAAUUAUGGGAUGCAAUUGGCUUUAGAAAUCAGUAAACGGCUGUGCAGGACCAAACGGUUUCUUGGACUCUUGAUUGCUGGACUCAUAGCAGCAGUGACUGUAAUUGCCUCUGCAACUGUAUCUGUAAUAUCCUUACAUGAAAGUGCCCAAAUGGCAUCCCAUGUAAAUGAAUUGGCUCAUAAUGUAUCCAAAGUGUCUGUCACUUAAGAACGAAUAGAUCGUAAAUUGGAAGCCCAAUUAGAGGCACUAUAAGAAGCAUUAAUGUAUCUUGGUGAUCAGUUUGCUGUUUUGCGUACCAGACUUUCUUUAAUUUGUCAUGAUGCAUAUAAGCAUAUCUGUGUUACCCCUUUAGAGUAUACCAAUAUGACAUGGGGACAAGUGCGUCAUUUACAAGGGGUUUGGCAUGAUGCUAACACUAGCUUAGACCUCUUACAGCUACAAGAAGAGAUAAAUGCUGUUGCAAGUAGCUCACUCAGUUUCCCUGACCCUGGAGAUCUCGCUGAAACCAUACUGCACCAACUUAAUGGGUUUAAUCCAUUUAAUAUUCUUCAGCAUUCCUUUUGGAUCUUUAUUGGAAUUGUUUCCGUAAUAUCUGUUAUACUUG